AUGAAUCCAAUAUUUCUUCUGCUAUUCUUCUCCUUAUUCUCCCUUCCUCCCUUCUCCUCCUCUCAUGGCUUCCACUUCCCUUCAUUGCUGAAGCCCUCGCAGAUCUCAAAAAGGCACAAUUCAGAUCAGAAGAGCAGCCAUGGCUAUGAGACUAAGCAUUUUACCCAAAUAUUAGACCAUUUCAACUAUCAUCCAAAGAGCUACAUCAGCUUCCAACAGAGGUAUUUGGUUAAUGGAGAUUACUGGGGUGGAGCAGCCAAAUCCUCGCCUAUCUUUGUUUAUGCUGGCAACGAAGCCUCUAUUGAUAUAUUUGCUGAUAACAAUGGAUUCUUGCUUGAUAUUGCUCCUACCUUUGAGGCUCUCAUAGUGUUUAUAGAGCAUAGAUACUAUGGCAAGUCGUUUCCGUUUGGUAGCGAAGAAGAAGCUUUUCAGAACGCAACCACUGCUGGAUACUUGAGCAUAUCACAGGCCUUGGCAGAUUACGCAGCAUUUGUAGUUGAUCUAAAGAAGAAUCUUAGUGCAGAGAGCUCUCCAGUCGUAGUAUUUGGUGGAUCCUAUGGAGGAAUGCUGGCUGCAUGGUUUAGAUUGAAGUAUCCUCAUUUGGCCAUUGGGGCCUUGGCUUCAUCUGCUCCAAUCCUGCAAAUUGAUCCCACUUUUGAUCCAUAUAUCUUCAAUGAUAUCAUAACAAAAGAUUACCGGAGUACAAGUGAGAACUGUUACAAGGUGAUAAAGAACUCAUGGGAUGAGAUAGAUAAGGCUUACAAUGAUAGCAUCAAGUUAGAAAAGAUGGAGAGUUCUUUAAGACUUUGCAAAGGCCAAGGCUUAUACACCAAAUACUGGUUAAGUAAUGCUUUGAUCUAUGCUGCAAUGACAGAUUACCCAACUCCAUCUGAUUUGCUGCAACCACUUCCUGCUUAUCCUGUGAAUGAGGCGUAUGCCAUUCGCAUCAUGGGAAGCCUCUCGCUCCACUUCACACAUCAAUCGGAAACCAGUCCUGAAUCAGGCCGACGGGCAAUCUCCUCCUUUCACCACUGGUGGCCGACACCCUGCAGGGGAAGGAACUUCAGGCUAUCCCUAGAAGAGCGUUCAGGAAGAUGGAGGAAUCUCAGAAUGAGAUCUUCGACUCUUAAAAGGGAGACUCGAGGAACAGCACUAGUACCCUCAAGAAGAUAUUCUCUUCCUCGAGACCAGCCAGGCUUCGAAGAAGUGUCUUCAUGUUGGAAGUCCCCCUCCUCGCCUAGAGUGCCCUUCAACAAUGCCGUCCAAGAAUGA